AUGGCGACAACUCAUCCGGGUCGCUUCGACUGUUCCAAAAAUUUCAAAAGGAAGGAACACUUUGUAACUCACUUGAAAACGCAUGAUCCUGACGCACAAGUUAAAUGUGGGAUUUGCUGUUUGCAAGUUCAUACCGUCAAUAUCCACAGUUCAGGCACACGAAAACGGUUCCCCUGCCCAUUUGAUGGAUGUGAGAAGACCUACCUUGAUCAGCAUUAUGUCGAAAUGCAUAUCAAAAUUGACCAUGCUGAGAAUCCCUACAAAUUUUCCUGCAUUUUAUGUGGGAAAGAAUUCAAACGGAAAACGAACUUUUUAUCCCACAUUUACUCUCACACGAAGGAAAAGCCAUACAAGUGCUCCACCUGUGGGAAGAGUUUCGCAACAAAAACUCACUUGGGAAAACAUGAGGUCUGUCAUAUGGAGAAAUCCCUGCGUCCUUCAAGUGUGUUAUCUGCACCCAGACCUUCCUCUGCAAACGCGGCCUAA